AUGCUUAGUGGGUUGGCUAAAAUUUUUCCCUCCACUUUGAGAGGGACUUUUCAGUUUUCCACCAGCUCAGUGGUUUCCAGAGAGUGGAAAACUAUUGAAGCUAGAAGAGUCGCCAAAGUCGAAUUACCAAACCUUGGGGAAAAAAUUCCUGCUGGAUUAUACAUUCCUAAAGAAAAGCCAGAAUUUCCUGAAUAUAAAUAUGGUGAAUCCAGAAUUUUCAAAAGAAGUAACAAAGGUCUUUUCGGUGGUCGUUUCCUUCAAUUUGGGAAUCAAAUCUCUGAAAAAUCAAAACAUAAGACUAGAAGAACCUGGCAAUUAAAUAUCAUGAAGAAAAAGUUCUGGAGUGAAGCUUUACAAAGAACCAUUAGAAUUAAUGUUGCCACUAAGGUUUUGAGAACCAUCACCAAAGAAGGUGGUAUUGACAACUACUUGACCAAAGAUAAGCCAGCCAGAAUAAAAGAAUUGGGUCCAUCCGGUUGGAAACUACGUUUCAGAGUGUUGAUGAAAAGAGCCGAAGCUGAAAACCCAAAGAAGAAUUACCUUGAAACCGUGCAAGUUGGUGACAAGGAAAUCCCAGUGUAUUUCAAGGUUGAAGAUCAGAAAAUCACUGUCGGAAGAAGAAAGUUAUUGAAAACCAUCUACGGUCUUGAAUUGGAAAGUAACACUGAGUUGAGUUUCAGAGAUUUCAUGUUGAAGUAUAGAGACGAGCCAGUAGAAAAGUUGCUACAGCAAUUACAAUCUCUUAACUAUGAUGUUGCUCAAAUUACCGUUUGA